AUGUUUCAGACUAAAGUGCCGUUAAUCAGCGUGUACAAUAGCAUCGGCAGCCGCCCGCUGGAUAAUUGGGCUGUUCAUCAGUGCAAAGAAGGAGAAAUCCAAUAUGUCCAAGACGAUCUGCUAAACUCCUACGUGCUCCAGAUCAAGUCACCAAACGUGAACUAUACCUGUUGUAUAAACUGUCCAGUGAAUCCCAAAGGUUCACUCGGUGUUCGGCUGCCGUUCGUGACGUUGUUGGUGAAAAACCUAGGACGAUUUUUUAUGUUCGAAAUCACGAUUUUGGACAGCGAAAAUAUUCGCCGGCGUUUACGUGUGAGCAACUACCAUACGAUCAAAAAGCUGAGCACGUUCGUGACCACGUUGCCGAUUUCCAUGGGUGAGGGUUGGAAUCAACUGAACUUGAAUUUGGCCGAGAUCACAAUUGACUCUUUCAAAACGACCUAUGUGGAGACGGUCAGCGUCCAGGUGCACGCCAACUGCCGGUUGAGGAGAAUAUACUUCAGUGACCAGCAGUACAAGGAAGAUCAGCUACCUAUCGCGUACAUGAUGUACGGGUCCAAGGAUGUGCAAGAGAAACCAAAGAGCUUGCUGAGAAAAAAUUCGGCGGUCGUCGACAAAUAUUCGGCGGGCGACAAGUUGUAG